GGUUAUGAUCUUGUGCCUUGAAGUUUACCAAUGCACACUUAUGCAGUUUACUUAGAGUUAGUAUUAUACAGUCACUAAUACCACUUGCAGAAGCAUAAAAGAAAUACUGUGAGGUUCAAACGUUAGCAGCAAGUCUUCAGGGAGAGAGAAUAGUUGCUGCAAUAAUGCAGAUACUAAAUGUGAGUUCUAAUGAUAAAGUCCAGGUAACAUCAUCAGACUUGCUUUCUAUUCAGUUGUGUGUGUUGGUGUCUCUAACACUCAGUGUAUCCGUGGCUGAAGUAAACUCAGCUCGCGUUGAAUUUGGCAGACCUGGUAAAAAAGACACACCUUUUCCA